AUGUUGUUACCAAUGAGGCCAGUAGGGACCUAUUACCUGACUUACACUCUAGCUCUUCUCAACUUCUCAAGUCUUCAUUCUCCAACUGAAAAACAAAGCCUCAAAAUGCUGCUUUCCAGCAUUUUUUCAUAUUUUCCACCCAAAAUCACAACCACCAAAUCAUCAUAAAACCAAACCAAGUGCAUUAACAUAGAACUAGACUUCAAUCAUUUCUUACAUGAUGAAACAUAAUCACUCUCCACUACAUUCACUUCUACUAGUCUUCACAUCAUUACUAGUAGUUACAUCAAACUUGCCACUUCAAGCUGAGUGUCUGAAUCAAGAAGGGCUCUAUCUCCUUAGAGCUAAGCAAGAUCUCUCUGACCCUUCAUCUCUCUCUGACUGGAAUCCCAGACAUGAUUUCCCAUGCAACUGGACUGGAGUCACUUGUAAUGAUAACUCGGUAGUUACUGAAGUCUCUCUCGAUUCUCUCUCUCUCGAUGGGCCUUUUCCCGCCAUUCUCUGCCGCCUUUCAUCUCUCUCCUCGCUGUCUCUCUCGGACAACUUCAUCAACUCGACUCUCUCUGACGCGAUCAUCUCGAGGUGUGUUCAUCUCACCUAUCUUGAUCUCUCUGAGAAUCUCCUCGAGGGCCCACUUCCUCCUGCUCUCGCCUCUCUCCCGAAGCUUGUGUAUCUCAGUCUCUCCGGCAAUAGUUUUUCCGGCGAGAUUCCGGCGAGUUUCGGGAGCUUCCCGGCGAUUGAGACGCUGAUUUUAAGCGCCAAUCUGCUCACAGGUACCAUUCCGAAGGAGCUUGGUGACUUGAGGACGGUAAAGAUGCUUCAACUCGCUUACAACCCGUUUUCACCGAGUCGACUCGCUCCGGAACUCGGUAACAUUUCGAGCUUGGAAAGCAUAUGGGUCAGUGGGAAUAACCUUUUUGGUGACAUUCCUGAUAGUUUUAACCGACUGAGUCAACUCACUGAUCUCGACGUGUCGAGUAAUAAGCUUACCGGGCCGAUACCGAGUUGGAUCUUUCAACUCACUAAUCUCAUCCAAAUUGAGCUUUUCAACAACUCAUUCACCGGAGAGUUGAUACCCGGUUGGUCAAACUUGACGGCCUUGAGGCGAUUUGAUGGGUCAAUGAACAAGUUCACCGGGACAAUCCCGGACGAGUUGACUCAGUUACCACUCGAGUCCUUAAGUUUGUAUCAAAACCAGCUGGAGGGUUUGUUACCAGAGAGCAUAGCCAUGUCUCCCAACUUAUAUGAGCUCAGAAUAUUCGACAACAGGCUCACGGGGUCAUUACCGAGUCAACUCGGUAAGAACUCGCCCCUUAAAACAAUUGAUGUCACAGGGAAUUUUUUCUCCGGGAGAAUUCCGGAAAGUAUUUGCGAAAAGGGGGUUUUAGAUGAACUGAUUUUGUUAGAUAAUAUGUUUUCCGGUAGCAUUCCGGAGAGUAUAGGUCAGUGCAGGAGUUUAAGCCGUGUCAGGUUUGGAAAUAAUCGAUUUUCCGGUGAAGUUCCGGUUAGUUUGUGGGGUUUGCCUCAUGUUUACUUGCUUGAUCUUCAUCAGAAUUCAUUUUCUGGGAAUAUUUCACACAUCAUAUCUGGUGCAUCUAAUCUUUCCACGCUUAUGAUUGCGAAAAACCGAUUUUCAGGUGGUAUUCCAAGUGAAAUUGGAUCAGUAGGAAAUUUGAUUGAAUUUUCUGCUAAUGAUAAUAGAUUUAGUGGAAGUGUUCCGGAGGGUUUGUUUAGUCUGCGUAAGUUAUGGAGGCUUGAUCUUAAUAAUAAUGAGAUAUCCGGUGAGAUUUCUGUGAGAAUUCGAGGUUUGAAAGAGCUCAAUGAGCUUAAUUUGGCAAACAACAGGUUGUCUGGUAAAAUUCCAGAUGAAAUUGGUGAAUUGCCUGUGCUUAAUUAUCUUGAUCUUUCAGGGAAUAGUUUAUCCGGAAAAAUUCCAGAUGGGCUGCAAAAUUUGAAGCUUAAUAAGCUGAAUUUGUCGAAUAAUCAGCUCACUGGAGAUAUCCCUUCUAUGUAUGCUAAAGAGGUUUACAAGGAUAGCUUUAUGGGCAAUCCAGGCUUGUGCGGUGAUGAUGAUCUUCUUGGUCUUUGCCCUAAACACAGGCGUCAUAAGAAUCCAGGCAAUUCUUGGGUGCUUGUUUUCAUUUUUGUCAUUGCUGGCGUGGUUCUCGUGGUGGGCUUUGUCUGGUUUUUGUUGAAGUAUAGAAAGUUCAAGAAAAUCAAGCACAAGACGCUUGUGGUGAAGUGGAGAUCCUUUCAUAAGUUGAGUUUUAGCGAGUUAGACAUUGUGGAUUGCCUCAAGGAAGAUAAUGUGAUUGGAAUCGGGGCUUCAGGGAAAGUAUACAAGGCAAUGCUCGGUAAUGGUGAGGUCGUUGCAGUCAAAAAGCUCUGGGAAAGAUCAGUUCGAGAUGACAGCUAUAGUAGUGUUGAUUCCAUGAAAGAUGAGUUUGAAAGUGAAGUAGAGACGCUUGGACGAAUUAGGCAUAAGAAUAUCGUGAGACUGUGGUGUUGCUGCAAUGCAGGAAAGAAUAAGCUUCUGGUUUACGAGUAUAUGCCCAAUGGAAGCUUAGGUGAUGUGUUGCAUUCUACCAAGGGCGGAAUGUUGGAUUGGCCGACUAGGUUAAAGAUAGCUUUGGACGCUGCAGAAGGGCUCUCGUAUUUGCAUCAUGAUUGUGAUCCCCCGAUCGUUCACAGAGAUGUUAAAUCCAAUAAUAUAUUGUUAGAUGAGGACUUUGGUGCUAGAAUCGCUGAUUUUGGCGUUGCUAAGUUCAUUAAAGUGAUCAACAAAGGGGCAGAAUCCAUGUCGGUGAUCGCUGGUUCUUGUGGUUACAUUGCACCAGAAUACGCGUAUACGCUCAGAGUCAACGAGAAGAGCGAUACAUAUAGCUUCGGAGUAGUCAUUCUUGAGUUAGUAACAGGGAAACCAGCAAUCGACCAGCAACUCGGGGAGAAAGACUUGGCAACAUGGGUAUGCAGCACCGUAGACCAGAAAGGAGUUGAUCAUGUAAUCGACCCAAAUCUCGACUGCCAUUACAAAGAACAAAUAUGCAAGGUUCUCGACAUUGGUAUAGCUUGCAUUAGUCCCCUUCCAAUCAAUCGCCCUUCUAUGAGAAGAGUAGUUAAAAUGCUUCAAGAAGCAGCAACAGACCCGAAGCCGAAAGCCACAAAGGAGGACGCGCAGCUCUCCCUGUACUACUACGAAGAUGUUUCUGAUCAAACAAGCUUAGUGUAAGGUCAUGAGCACACCAUCUUUGGUUAACAGAACUCCGCGGAAGCUACAUUGAGCACUGAUGAUAUCAUUUGGACCGAAAAAAUCGAAAACUGCAGCAACCCGUAACAUGACAGGAGAGAAUAGAGACGUAGAAGCUCUAGUGUAGAUUAUGUUUUAUUUGGAACUAGUAUUUGAAAUUAGUGCAGAUGUCCAUUUGUCCUGGCCUCUUGAGUACCAUCUUCGUUAAGUAGCUUUUGUCAUUCUCGUUCGGCAAUAAGUCAUGUAUAAAAAUGUGUAUAUUAUUUAAA